UAUAUGAAAAAGCUUUUUCUUUUCUUGACAAGUACGAGAGUGUUGGAACUUGGAAAAGUAGAACUUGAAGAUGAAGGAAAACCCCAACACACUCUUUUUCUAUGCUACCACUGAUUAAUCGUAAGCACUUUUCAACAAGGGUUUCAGAAUUGUGUUUCAGUUAUGAAUGGUUCAGGUUUAGGUGGUGGUUUUUUGAGUGGUGGGGGUAUUUUGGACAUUAAAUCUCCAUUUCAUAGGCAUGGUAAACAACACCAUAUGAAUAUCAUGACUGGUUUGGAAAAUCAAAAUGAUAACAAAAAUGGUUUAAUUGAUGUGAAAAAUUUGAAUGUUGGGUUGAAUUUCGGUAAAGGAAAAGCAAUUGUUAGCUCGAAUGAUAAUGAUAUGAGCGAAGACGAUGAGGCGGAAGAUGGGAAUUGCGAGAAUUUUUUUGACGGUGGUAAAGGAAAAAAGGGGUCUCCGUGGCAGAGAAUGAAGUGGACGGAUGAUGUGGUUGGGCUGCUUAUAGCGGUGGUGAGUUGCGUUGGUGACGAUGGGACGAUUGGUGGUGGAGAUGGUGUUAAGAGGAAGUCAGCUGUUUUACAGAAGAAGGGUAAGUGGAAAACGGUUUCGAAGAUAAUGAUAAGUAAGGGUUGUCAUGUUUCGCCGCAGCAGUGUGAGGAUAAGUUUAAUGAUUUGAAUAAGAGGUAUAAGAGAUUGAAUGAGAUACUUGGUAGGGGAACUUGUUGUCAGGUGGUUGAGAAUCCUGCGUUGAUGGAUUCGAUGACGAAUUUGUCUGGUAAGGCGAAAGAUGAUGUUAGGAAGAUAUUGAGUUCGAAACAUUUGUUUUAUAAGGAAAUGUGUGCUUACCAUAAUGGACAAAGGGUACCGAGUAGCCACGAUCUUGACUUGCAUGGUUAUUCGUUGGAGCAUGGGAAGGACUCAAGAGAUAACGAUGGCUCUGAGGAUGAUGAUGACGAUAACAAUGAAAGUGAGGACGAUGAGAUGGAUGAUGAGAUUAAUAUUAAUGCUCAUGGGGAUGGAGGGAGGAGGACGGAGGAGUUUUUUCGUGAUCGAGAUAAAUUAAGUGAGGAGGAUGGCCAUGGCCAUGGCCACUCUUGGCCGCCAUCUAUUAGGAUGAAGAAACUUGAGGUUGAAAUGGCAAAGGUUUUUCAAGACCCUGCAAAGUCACCGUGGGAGCGAAGAGAAUGGAUUAAGGCACAACUGUUGCAGCUUCAAGAGCAAAAUGCAGAGUACCAAGUCAAGGCUCUUGAGCUUCAGAAACAACGGUUUAAGUGGUUAAGAUACUGCAGCAAGAAGGAUAGGGAGAUGGAGAAGAUGAAGAUGGAAAACAAGCGAAUGAAAUUGGAAAAUGACCGCAGGAUAUUGAAACUGAAGCAGAGAGAGCAGGAGGCAGAUUUCAGUAGGUCCGAGAUGUCCUUAGACGCUGCAACCAUCGGUAUCAACAAGCAGCAAGGGAGAGAACAUAUCAACUUGGCUAGACAGCAGUAGCUCCCGGUUCUGACUUUGAUAGUAUGACGCGUGGCGUCAUCCGUUUUUGGCAUCAACACAUUCUGACUAUGGAAAGAUACAAAGCGUGCUUUACAAAGAUAAACCAAGAUCUGGAACACUCUUUUGACUGUGCUUCUGAUAGAAUGCAAGUCAUCGCUUUUGAUUGUGACUCUAAUAAUGGAGCUUCUGAAGACUCUCAAGAUCUAAUUUUUGGCAUAAGUUCUGAAGACUCUGAAGACAAGGUUCUAGAGAACUAGUUCUAAAGAUUCUAAAGACUUCGUUUCAACAUUUGAUCCUUCUAAACAUGCUUCACCACUCUACAUUCUGAUGCCUCUGAAGAUUAGAAGAUAAGAUCAGAGGUUUUUACGUGAGACAAAACAGUACAUGGUACAAAUUAGAUAUUCCUUCCACUACGCAUGUUGUGCGGCGACGCAAGGACUGUACGAAUGUACAAUGUUGUCUACCACUCUCUAUUGACCGUUAUGGAGAAAACAACUAAGAGAUUGUACAAUUCUAACUUCACCCUCCAACGGAUCUUUUGAUGCAUAUAUAAUAAAGAUUUGGAAGAUUGCAAUAACGACGAAUUAUUGAACAAACGAACGAUUUUUUGAAUACGCUGAAACUUUGUUCAUUUGGGGUGAAAAGCAAGGAACUUUUGUUCAUUAACUUGCUUAACACUAUUGUGUUAUCUUUAUAUUUUAUUUGUGUAAUCCGCUUUUAAGAAGCAUCUUGUAAACACACUCUUUGUGUUUCAACUUGUAAGUUGAUUGUGUUUCUUGAGAGACUAGGGUAUAGUCAUAAUUUCUCAAGAAGACAUUGAUAUGUAGUCUUUGUGGUAUAUGUCAUCAGGUUGAUUAUAGUGAAUU